AAACCGGCAUACAAUUUUCGUCAGCAAUAAAAUAGGACAACACUGGCCACGUCGCGUGCGGAUUUGUUUAUAAUUUUCGGCAAUGCAGUUUCACUUUAAAGUCGCGGACGCUGAAAGGGACAGGGACAAUGUGGCUGCGACCAGCAACGCCGGCGCAAAUCCGCACGCAGCCCUGCAGCCGCAGCAGCCCGUUGCCCUGGUGGAGCCCAAGGAUGCACAACAUGAGAUACGAUUGCAGAAUAUCGUGGCCACCUUCUCCGUGAACUGUGAACUGGAUCUCAAGGCUAUUAACUCGCGCACAAGGAACUCGGAGUACUCGCCCAAGCGCUUUCGGGGCGUCAUCAUGCGGAUGCACUCGCCCAGGUGCACAGCGCUGAUCUUCCGAACGGGCAAGGUCAUCUGCACGGGUGCGCGAAACGAGAUUGAGGCGGACAUUGGAUCGCGAAAGUUCGCACGCAUCCUGCAGAAGCUGGGAUUCCCCGUAAAGUUCAUGGAAUACAAGCUGCAGAACAUUGUGGCCACCGUUGAUCUGCGCUUCCCCAUCCGCCUGGAAAACCUCAACCAGGUGCACGGCCAGUUCAGUUCCUACGAGCCGGAGAUGUUUCCAGGCCUCAUCUAUCGCAUGGUCAAGCCGCGCAUCGUUCUCCUGAUCUUCGUCAACGGAAAGGUUGUAUUCACGGGCGCCAAGUCGCGCAAGGACAUCAUGGACUGCCUGGAGGCGAUAUCACCUAUUUUACUAAGUUUUCGCAAGACGUAGUUGUCUCUACACAUCCAAAUGUUUUUGUUUAGCUUAGUUAUAUUCCAUAAGUAUAUUUUUAAUAUAUUUACCUUAACUUUUUUAGUAAAAAAUGUGAAAUGCAAUAAUUUACUUGCUUAUUUCCAUGUUAAAUUCAUAGAAAUUGUAAAAUUUUAUUUUGCCCUUACUAAGCAAAUUCAUUUCUAUUUUUAAAGAAACUGUUAUUUAAAAUAAAUUUGUAUAUUUUAAUGUCUUGUAAUCCAUUUCAUUCUAUUCUUGAUAAGAUAUUUGUAAAUCUAUGGAAUAAUUACACAUUUUUGUACCCUUUCCUAGUAUUUGGGCAAAAAUAUUCAAAUGCACUAAUUCUGAAGUGGACCAACAAUCCAAGAAAAGAAAACACAUUUGGAUAAACAUUAAUUUUAUUUAUUUUCAGGUUUCGUUUAUUACAAAAGAAAACACAAGACACUUCAUAGAGAUUCGAUUCGAUUCUUAUGGUACGGAAAGGAGCUACAAUCUUAGGUUGUGUAUAAAAAUUUCCUUGUUCCUCGCUUAGUUAGCUUCAUGUACAUGGCUAUGUGAGAUUUGUGUUGGGAAUUAAUAAACUAAUUGUGGUUCAUAUGAAGGCGUAUAUAUACGUAUCAAACUUACAAACUAUGCAGAUUCAUUAUUUGCAUAAAUUAAUUGGACGGUUUCUUCAACGAGUUUCUCUUCAUUUCGUUUCAAAAAGUAUUCAAGAGUUAGAUAAUACAAAUAAGAUAAAUUUCCAUUCGAUAUGCAUGCAAACUUUUGUCAAGAUACAUUUGCUAAUGAUUUCUAAAAUCUAUUAAAGGCAUUUUGUGAAAGACACAUUGAUUGAUAUUUUCAUUCCGCACUUGGAGCCCGCUCUAUGAUAAGGCAUAGUACGGUUCGUUACGACUUACAAGAUACAUUAGGUGGCUACAUGUGGUCUGCUACGUGUGGCAGAAGAUUCUUUGUUCAGCAAUAAAAAUAAAAUCUAAUUUACGUUUAACUGCUGUUUUGUACAUUCGAUUCUACAGCGGGUCAGUGGAGUACAACUGAAAAGAACUAAAAAUAAAACCAAAAUGUUGACCAGCAUUUUUGGACGGAAUGCAAUUUCGUUGGCAAACAAAAAACUAAAAAUCAAAACAAA